GCUCCUCACUUCGGAUCAUACAGACAACGGAAAGAGCUCCAAAAAGUCUCAUCUAAAGCAACUUUUGCGAAGAAAUCCAGAAAACAUGCGUCUCUCCUACAUUCCUUCUGCUUGCUUCCUCUUGGUCUUAAGCGUUCAGCUCCUGAGUGCCUUCCCCCUGCAAAGCGGGGCCUUCACUAAUGAAGAAAUGGAUGUCUUAAAGCUUCUGCUUGACCGUCUUGAAGAAGCCAUUCCAGCUCCAAUGCAGUCUGAAGCAGAAUCAACAGAAAUGACGAAACUGGACGAAAGUCCUGAAGAAAGCAAUCCCAAGCCUCAGGUGGAUGCGAGAGAUUACCUCUCAGCCAGAGACUUGAAGAACGUGAAGCUCGACUCUGGCUCCAAGAGAUAUUCCACGUGUUUUGGUCGUAGAUUGGACAGGAUUGGGUCCAUGUCCUCUUUGGGAUGCAAUACAGUCGGACGCAACAGUCCAAAGAGGAAGUGAAGUCUUAAGAAGAACAUCUACAUUGAUCCCUGCUAUGAAUGCCAAAUACUAAGUUAUAUUUAUUUGAAUAUUUAUUGAACUAUUGUCUACAUGUUGCCUUGUAUUUAUAUACAAACAGCCUUAAUUUAAUUUUGUCAAUAGUAUUGUAUAUCUAAUUUGUAUAACUAAUGGAAAUCAAGUGUAAACGUUCAAUAAAUGUUUUUGAAGCA